AGGUCCCACAGAAUUAGCAUAGGCGAGUGAAUAAAUAGCCCGGUAUGAGUUCAGCCUGCUACUGAUAUCUAAGAGUUUGAAUCGGAAGCAUCAUCAUGCCUGAACCAGCGAAGUCCGCGCCGAAGAAAGGCUCCAAGAAGGCCGUCACCAAGAGCGCCGCGAAAGGAGGAAAGAAGCGCAGAAAGUCCAGGAAGGAGAGCUACGCCAUCUACGUGUAUAAAGUGCUGAAGCAGGUUCAUCCUGACACCGGGAUCUCUUCGAAGGCGAUGGGCAUCAUGAACUCUUUCGUCAACGACAUCUUCGAGCGCAUCGCCGGUGAGUCGUCUCGUCUCGCUCACUACAACAAGCGCUCCACCAUCACUUCCCGAGAGAUCCAGACCGCCGUGCGUCUGCUGCUGCCCGGGGAGCUGGCCAAACACGCCGUGUCUGAGGGCACCAAAGCCGUCACCAAGUACACCAGCUCCAAGUAGAGCAGUCCGACACCGAGACACACCCCAAAGGCUCUUUUAAGAGCCACC